CAAGCAAGCAAAAGAGGGGGCACCGUCCGUUUGCUCCAUCCAUUUCACUCUCCCCCAUCGAUCCAGCAGCAGCAGCAAGGGGCUCGUGCCGUGCCCUAACCCACAAGAGAAUUCGCCAUGUCCGACCACAUCGACCUCAACGCCGCCGCCCCCCAAACCCUAGCCCAGCCCAAGCGCGGCCGCGGCCGCCCCCGCAAGAACCCCCCGCCCCCGCAAGAACCCCCCGCCACCGCCACCGCCACCGCCACUCCCCCACCCCCACCUCCCGCGGCGCCGGAUCCAGCAGCCCUACCCGCUGUUCCCGGGGCUGGCGCUGGCGCGGCGGGAUCCUUCGCCCCCAAGGACCUGGUCUGGGGCAAGAAGCUCGCCCACCCGUCCUGGCCCGGCGAGGUGCUCUCCGUCGCCUCCGGCGGCACCCAGCUCCUCGUCUCCUUCUUCGGCGAGAAGGCCCUCGCCUGGUGCGACGCCGCCCAGCUCAGGCCCUACGAGGCCUACUUCUCCGUCGGCGAGCUCUACGACGGCGAGGCCGACGACUUCGACGCCGCCGUCGACGCCUCCCUCCACGAGUUCUCCCGCCGCGUCCAGGCCGCCCUCACCGCCCCCGCCGACGCCCCCGCCUCCCUCAGGCGCCCCUUCGCCCCCCUUGAUUUCCUCGCCUCGCUCCAGGAUUUGGCCGCCGACCGCAUGGGCUUCAGCAACCGGGUUCAGGCUGCCAUCACCAAGGCGCAUCUCAGGGCCUUCGAUGCGUUCAGGGGUCUGCCAGACCCCCCUACCUACACCCUGGAGCUCGGCAUAGUGAGUGCUGAUGCUUCGGCUGCUACUACCCCCGUGGGUAGGGGUAUGAUGAAGGCUGCUGCAACAGAGGUUAACGGCGACUACUCGUCCACCCCGCCAUCCCGGCGCGGGAGGAAGAGGAAGGAGGAGGUCCAGGAGGUGGAUUCCGACGAGGACUGGGACCCGCGCAAGAAGGGCGGAAGUGACUCUGACACCGACAUAGAUAUGGGGCGUAGGAGGGCCUCGAGGGGGAGGGGCAGCGGUAGCGGUGCACCGCGCGGUGGCGGGAGCGGGAGGCCACGUGGGAGGCCUAGGAAGACGGAUGCUCCCACUCCCAGGCCGCCAAAGCCGCCGGUGAAGGAUGAGGAGGUGGAAGAGGAAAUUGAGUAUCCGCCGGCUGCUGAAAUGCUGCUUCAGCUCACAUUGGUUGCUGCCGAUCCAUUCAACUUCAAGGGCUAUGAUUCCGUGCACGUGAUUUCUAGCUUCUUCUCUAAGCACAAGGACUCCGCGGUGCCGAGCGCUACCGACGAUAAAGAGCUGCUGGAGACAUUGGUUGGCAAGAAGGGCAGGAAGAAUUCCGUUGCAACUGUUGUUACAAAGCCUAAACCUGAGAUUGAUGAAGAACCAUUGGAGGCGGUAGAUGGCCAGAGGGGCAGGAGGAAAUCUGCUGGGGGCAUCUACUCCGCUAGAAAGGCAGAAGAUUCCUACUGGUGUGACAUUAUCAUCAGCGAUUUUGAUGAUGAGGACGCAUCGAGUGAUUAUGAAGGCAGCAAGAGGAAGCGCGCGUCUCAGAAUAGGAAUGGCAAUAAGAAGGCUAAGCAGGAGGUGGCACCUCAAGAUGAGCUGCCAUCGGCUCCUCAAACACCUUAGACGGCGCAUGGCAAGGCAGCUAUGUUACUAUUGGAGGGAUCUGCGUUAUGAAGAUGGGAGCAAGGGAACAUAAGUUUGUGUCACCGACAUAGAGCUAGGAAACUCACUGACCAGGUCAUGUGAGUUGUUGAGUUGGCCAGUGGGUCGAGAACAGUUUUAGGUUUUGUCUAGUUUCAUGCAUCUAGAGAACUGCUUGUUGUACCUGGAGUCAGAGGUAGUUUAAAUUAAUGUAUUAGAUGGUGGAUGUCUGUGUGGUGCCUAUCCUUGUUAUCUUUGCAACUUAUCGUUCUGUAUUGUCUAGAAAUCAUUGUAGAGCUGUGGAUGUUUAUGAUAUGUUGUUCUCUUA